AUACCUAAUAUAAUAAUAGAAACCCCAAAUAAAUGUGUUUCUGAAAAUCCAUCCCCCUUGAAAACAACCUUGACCUCAAGGUUGUAGUUGACUUCUACCUCUUUGACCCUCCGCUUCCUUCGUUUCCAAUUGCGCUCCAGUUCGCGAAGGAACUCUUCUCGUGCAACUCCAAGCGCAACUCCAACUCUCCUGGAUGCUUCUCCACCCACGUGACACAUGCCACUGUUUCGAUAGUCGAAUAAUUCUUCCUCUUCUUUUUCGAAAUUCACGAAAUAAGAAUCGGAUACUGUUCCUCCUUAUGCUCCAUCUUAGGGUCGUCAAGGAAAUGAUCCACAAAUUCUUCCAUUGGCUCGGCGGUGAACUUAAAUUCUUUUGAACUCAUAAUGAUUAAUUAUAGUGUAUAUUAUAGGGAAUCGUUUGGUAUUUGUUAGUAAAAAAACUAAACAGAAAGAUUAUUUGGUUAUUUUUAACAUUAAAACGAUCCUAAAAAUCUCAAUCCAAACCAGUUUGGCAGGUGAGUUCGUGUUUACCACCAAUUUCUAGGGAUACAGGAACGGUGGUUCCUAUCCCAAAUCGUGUUGUUCAUUCUUGAUUUCUUUAGAUUUUAUCAUGGCUUGGCAAAAAAACCAGAAAGCACAAUGACGACAAGAUGAAAGUUUUAUAAAGCAAAUUAAUCGGCCAACGGGCCGAGUAAAAGUUAGCAAUGAUUGUGAGAUGCUUAUUUCCUGAAAACCGGUGGGAUAGACGAUUUUUUAUUCGAUUUUUUGGAAUUCGGUUUCUGUAAGACUUACUCCACCUCAUCAUAUUACCAAAAACAAUAUUGUUUCACAAGGUAACAGGUACUUGAUUUUUGAUUUGUUGCAUCAUUCAUGUCUCUUACCUACUAAAAUUCACUAUUUUUAUCACGUGUUAAAAAAAAAACUAUACAACAAUAAACUAUACACUCCAUUACAUUAUCAAAUUUCAUACCUCACCUUCCUCCUGCCAAAUGACCGGGGGCCAUGCUAGUUAUGUUUUCAUACCCUUUCUCGAUUCCAAUGUUUCUUGGCAUUUUAUAGUUUGCCAUCUGCUUUGGGUUUUGGAACUUCAACGUGGGAAUGGUCAUGAAGUCGGUAGGAGCAGUUUUCUCUUUUAGGAUAACGUAUCACAUAUCAUAAGUAAUUUAUAACGUUUCAUGCUCGUUUGGUCCUACAUUUUGCCCUUCUUCUUCAAUCAAUAUAUGAUCUAGAUCAUAGCCUAAUUGAUGAGAGAGUUAACUUUCAUCGUUCUUUGACUCAUCAACGAAAUGACAAUGCUUUGCUGACCAUUUUUGGAAUGUCCUUCCCUUUGUAAAAAGGUUGAUUUUCCAUGUAUGCAGCUCAAUAUAUACCGCGGCCCAAACCCAACAGGAUCAGAAAUGGGCCGAUCCACUGAUUCCGCUUUGUUAGAUCCAGAAUAAGUAGCACAAACCGUUGACUGGUUGAUGCUUUCCUUGUCGUUCUAGGCCGUCGGAUCAAUAAAAAGGAAAGCCAUCGCUCCCGUCGAUUACCGUGCGCCUCCUCCAUUUCCCCCCGUUCCGCUCUAAAUAUUUGUUUUAUCCGGGCGAGAAGAGGGAAGAGCUGUUUGCGUCGAUUAUCAGCAGUGUUUCAUUCGUCGGAGAAUCGGAGUGGGAUCACAGCAGUAGAGGCGAAGAAGCGAGGAGGAGGAAGCAAAAAAUGUCGGGAGUCACUAAUGAGGAAGACAAGAAGCCAGCAGAUCAGGGAGCCCAUAUCAAUCUCAAGGUCAAGGGCCAGGAUGGGAAUGAAGUUUUUUUCAGGAUCAAGAGAAGCACUCAACUGAAGAAGCUUAUGGGUGCCUAUUGUGACCGUCAGUCGGUUGACCUCAACUCCAUUGCAUUCUUGUUUGAUGGCCGCAGGCUGCGAGCUGAGCAGACUCCAGACGAGCUGGAGAUGGAGGAUGGAGAUGAGAUAGAUGCAAUGCUCCACCAGACCGGCGGUGCAGCAAGUGCCUAGAAAUAUAUCCGUUUGAGCUACGGUAGAUGUAAGAUAUUAGUUAUUCUGUGAAUUAGUGGUAUCUGAGAAGUAGUCUAUGUUCUGUGUGGGGAGAGCUAUAUCUGAUAUACAGUCCGAGCUGUGUCUGAUAUACAGUCAUUAUCCUUAUUACUGAGAUUUUAGGUUCUAUUCUUCGUGAGUAGAUUGUUACUAUGAUACUAUCCCCAAUCUCCACGGAGGCUAGGCAUGUACGGAUCUAUCUAUGGGAGAUAUUGUUGAGACCCUAAAUAGCUUUCGUCUUGGUAAUUAUUCAUCUGCUUGUGCUCUCCCAGUUCCAUUCAUCUAAUCGUUGAUUGUUUCUAGUCUUUUAUCAUCAUGACAGAUGGUUUGAAACAUAGUUGUACCUUUUUUUUUGGUCACGACUACAACGAGGAGCUUAUAGUAUCGAGAUGAUGGAUUUGUUAUCGAAAAUGGCUUGUUUUUACUAGAUUUGCGAUCUAAACUCAUCAGGUCUAUUCAACGAUCGUUAAGUGUUCAUACACAAUUCGACUAUUCCGAACCCUAAUGAUUCUUGCAUAUAAUUUGUGAAUAACCUAGCAAAUUUGGU